AUGCGGGGACUGCUGGGCAGCAGCUGGAGGAAGUUUGGCCACGCUGGCAGGGGGACACAUGAGUGGUUAACCAGCGAACCAAGCCUGCCUCUUCUGGAGACCCAGCUACAGGACACCCGGAGGCUAAGUUCCUCCCACGAGGACAUGGAGCCCUUCCUGUGCAUCCUCCUUCCCACCACCAUCCUGCUCUUCCUGGCCUUUCUGCUGCUCUUCCUGUACCGCCGCUGCAAGUCCCAACGGCCCGAGGGCCAGGUCUUCAGUGUGGACCUCCCUGAGCACCCACCUGCAGGAGAGGUGACGGACUUCCUGCCUGGCUUACCCUGGAGUGGAGAGCAGGCCUUCCCCUACUCCCCUCUGCCCCCCGAGGCAGCCCUCCUCUCUGUGUGUUCACCGCCUUCCUAUGAAGAGGCCACCAGGAAUCCUCUUGGGAAAGAGGCCCCAGAUACAGUCCUUCAGUAUGAGGGGGGCCAGCCUGGAUCAAAUGAGCAAGAAUAA